UUAGCGCGCCAUCAUGCUGGGGCCGGCACAUGUGCAAAAUGGCAACCAUGAUCACGUUACGGCAUUGUAAGAAAUUAGUUUCAAAACACUUCACAACCCAAAGGUUCACAGAAUGUCUGCUGUUGAACCAACGUUGCUUGUCGUUGUCUGCAAACAGAUAUGCAGCACCUGUAGGACAGAAAAAGGCUUUUGUUCGCGAUAAACCUCAUAUGAAUAUAGGAACCAUAGGCCAUGUAGACCAUGGGAAGACUACUCUUACAGCUGCCAUUACAAGAGUCCUUGCUUCAAAGAACAAAACUGAAUACAAAAAAUAUGAUGACAUUGACAAUGCACCAGAGGAAAAGACAAGGGGCAUCACCAUUAAUGCUGCAUGUAUUGAGUAUUCAACAGAUAACCGGCAUUAUGGACAUGUGGACUGCCCAGGGCAUAAAGAUUACAUCAAAAAUAUGAUAACAGGAUCAGCACAGAUGGAGGCAGCAAUCUUAGUCAUAGCUGCUACAGAUGGUGUAAUGCCUCAAACUAAGGAACACUUGAUUCUUGCUAAACAGAUUGGUAUAUCAAAUGUUGUAGUGUUUGUGAACAAAGCUGAUGCAGCUGAUGCAGAAAUGUUGGAAUUGGUUGAUAUGGAGAUGAAAGAACUGCUAGAUGAGUAUGGAUUUGACUCUUCAAAAACUCCAAUCAUUGUAGGUUCUGCACUUAAUGCACUAGAGGGAAGUAACCCAGAGUUGGGUGAAAAGAAGAUUUUGGAAUUGCUGGAUGCUAUUGAUUCUCACAUACCAACUCCAGUAAGAGACCUGGAUAAACCAUUCUACCUGCCAGUAGAGUACACAUACCAAAUUGAAGGUCGAGGGACAGUUGUAACAGGAAAAUUGGAAAGAGGGAAGGUGAAGAAAGGUGAAGAAUGUGAGCUUUUGGGGCAUGACAAACAAACUAAAACUUUCAUUGCAGGUAUCGAGAUGUUCCGACAGACCUUGGAUCAGGGUCAGGCUGGUGACCAGAUGGGAAUUCUGCUUCGAGGAAUGAAAAGAGGUGAUGUGAGACGUGGCAUGGUUGUGGCCAAACCUAAGAGCAUGAGCAUACAUAAUCAUGCUGAAGCAUCAAUAUAUUUGAUGAGCAAAGAAGAAGGUGGCAGGCCUAAACCUUUACUCACUGGCAUAGGUAUGCACUUGUACUCUAAAACUUGGGAUUGCCCUGGACAAAUUAACAUGGUUGGUAAAGACAUGAUGAUGCCAGGGGAAGAUGGGCCAGUUCAGGUGAUACUAAGGAAGAAAAUGGUCUUGGAACAAGGACAGCGUUUCACAAUUCGAGAUGGAACAUUCACUGUGGGUUAUGGUGUCUUUGGGAAGCCAUUGGCUCAUGUUGAUAUCGAGAAAUUAGAUGAAGAAAGAAAAAAAAUAAGGAAACAGAAAGAAAAGGAAGCUUUGGAACGCGGCUAUUAAUUGAAAAACUGAUGAGAAACAUAUUUGUACAUUUUAAUAGGCAAAGGAACAUGACUUUACAUCUAAAUCAGUGCAUUUGGUGGUAAAAGUUGAUAUGUACAACCUUCAUAGAAGGAGGCCUUAAUGUAAAUACAUGUAACAAGCUGAUACCUGUCACAUCAAUCAUUGAAUCGUGGUAAGAGAUUAGUAUAUAAUAAUAAUUUUGAAAAAAAUAAAAGAAAAAAAUGGACUGAGUGAGAAUCGAAUCCCACUCUGACAUGUUUGGCAGCCAAGGAUGUUAGCACUCAGCCAGCAUAUCUGCUAUCUAAUUUAGUGUUAUUGACAAUAUAAAAUUCCUGUCACACAUGUUGAAGUUUUACAGAAAUUGCCGAAGGAGUUUAACUGUUAUAAUCACAUUCAAACUACAGCCAUUAUCUUCCCACUGCCCUAAGGUAUAUUGAAAAGGGGACUUCAGUUGAUCUCAUAUUACUUUAUAGAUGAUGGGAUUUUGUCUCUGUUUAAUAUAUAACUAAUAUUAUCAUCAUCUGAAAAAGAAAUAUGUUCAUUCUUUUAGAUUUUUAGACAUUAGCUUGCAAAUAUGAUGGGAGCAAAUCCAAUUCAUUGUGGCGGAUGUACAUUGAUCAGUUGUAUAAUACAUUUCCUCUGACAGUAUAAACUUGUCUUUGUUCUGUUAUAGAAGUAACCAAGUUACAAAUGGAAAAAAUAAGUCUACAUUUGCCAUACCAUGUUAAUAUGGGAAUUUGAAGUAUUGUGAUUUUGCCAGUGUGAUUUUCUGCAACAGAAAGUAACAAAAUAAUGUAGAGAAUAAAACCUUCCAGGCAAAGAAU